GCGACGGUGACGGUUGUUAAGGUUUCUACUCUUACUCAUUCACCUCACGACCGCCGACGGUCGCUGUCGUACGUACUGUCGCGGCACAUCGUCUGAUAUUCUGUAAUAAUAUUGCACUUCGAUUUUUUGAUGGAUCCGAACUUUUCUCCUUAGACCUUCGUCGAUAAUAAUGUUAUUAUAACCACUGAAAUGAUCUAGCUGAACGUUAACGCCACCGUCCACAGUCGUCCGGUGGUUCGCGUGGGAUGCGCCCCGAGUUAGCUUCAUCGUAUUUGUCUUCGUCUCCGUCAUUAUGGUGGUCGUGAGCUGCCGCAGAAGGAUUCGCCGUGGACUACCGUGGGCGAUCGCUAUCCUAGUCACGUCAUGUCUGUUGCUGUGGUCGAAAAACGACGAUCCCGCGGAGUCGGUUAUCGACCAGGCCGCCCUCGAAGACGACUGGGUGUCUCUAAGAUUAAAAAGAGACCAACAAGAAUUUAUUGAUCACAAAGGAUUGCAUGUAGUCGUUGGCCAUUAUUUGGGAGACGUUAACAACGCGGGGGCAAGUGCGAAUCUUACCGAUGAGUUACUCAAUCGAAACAUGUUCGACCCAAAACCAAAGGAAGGACGCGAUGGGAAUCCGGUCAUUAUACCGCCUCAUAUGUCCUUACAGAUGCAGAAACUAUACAGAAUUAACAGGUUCAACCUGAUGGCCAGUGAUCGUAUACCGUUGAACAGGUCGUUGCCGGACGUCAGAAAAAAAUCAUGUAGGCUGAAAAAAAUUGAUAUCGAUAAGCUUCCAUCUAGUACCGUAAUAAUUGUUUUCCACAACGAGGCUUGGUCGACGUUAAUGAGAACGGUCCAGAGCGUUAUUGAUCGAUCACCAAAAUAUUUGCUGAACGAGAUCAUUCUAGUCGACGACGCCAGUACUCGAAAAUUUUUGGAAAAAGAAUUGGACGAUUACGUUUCUAAAUUACCUGUCUUAACACGGAUAAUACGUUCGCCGAAAAGGGUCGGUUUGAUAAAAGCGCGUCUAAUGGGAGCCCGGCAAGCGAAGGGAAAAAUAUUGGUGUUCUUGGAUGCACACUGCGAGUGCACUUUGGGAUGGCUAGAAGCCCUCGUGAGUCGAGUGGCCGAGGACCGAAAACGCGUAGUAUGCCCUGUGAUUGACAUCAUAAGUGACGAAACGUUUGCCUACGUUAGAAGUUUCGAACUGCACUGGGGAGCUUUCAACUGGGACUUGCACUUCCGGUGGUACACGCGGACUACACCCGACAUAAUGAAGGGGCAGCGGGAUAUCACUCAGGCGUUCAGGACGCCGGCGAUGGCUGGAGGGUUGUUUGCCAUGGAUAAGUCAUAUUUUUUCGAGUUAGGCGGCUAUGACGAAAAGAUGGAGAUUUGGGGUGGAGAAAAUUUAGAGCUCUCAUUCAGGGUUUGGCAAUGCGGCGGCAGCAUCGAAAUAGCACCGUGUUCUCAUGUCGGGCACGUAUUUCGGAAAUCAUCUCCCUAUACAUUCCCCGGAGGCGUGUCUCAUGUGCUGUACACAAAUUUGGCUCGCGUUGCGUUGGUUUGGAUGGACGAAUGGCAGGAGUUUUACUUCAAAUUCAACCCUGAGGCGGAAAAGUAUCGCGAUGAACAGCAAAUAAGGACAAGGUUAGAGCUUAGAGACCGUUUGAAGUGCAAAGGGUUUAAAUGGUACCUAGACAACGUGUGGCCUGAACACUUUAUGCCAACUGAUAAAAGGUUUUUUGGCAAGAUCAAACACAUGUUGUCAAAUCGUUGUUUGGAAAAACCGUCUGGACGUGGUUCGCUGAAUCAGCCCAUGGGUCCGGUUGGAAUAAGGGGAUGCAACGUUCAGGGUCGUGCGUCCCUGUCACUCAUGUUCGUUAUGGCCCCAGACGAAGGGCUGGACUCCAGCGUGUGGUCGGGGUCUCUGAUGACCGACGAGUCUGUGUGUUUAGACACGCCCGAGCUGGAGGUACUCAAUGAAAUUGCACUGAAAGUCCGGAUUGUCGCUUGUACAGGUCAAAAAAGACAGCGAUGGAAAUAUGAUGCCGAGACUAUGAACUUGGUUCACAUACACACCGACUUGUGUUUGGACUUGCCAACCGGCGAAUCCAGUGUCGUGCUCAAAAGCUGUGUUGAUCAUGCUAGUCAGAAAUGGAUUUUUGAACAAGUUCCGUGGAGAUAACUAUAGGCACCCGUCUGUUAAACUAUCUUUUGUGUAAAUUAGUAAUCAUAUUAUUUAACAGUCGUCAAUUAUUUAUACGAUGUCUUAAGUUCCUGUAAAAUUGUUGGAUUUUGUUUCUAAA